GUACGAGCGGAAGUGGGAAGUAGGAUUCAGGAACUGGCGAGGUGAACAGGGGCGGUGUGAACGACGCAGCAGGAGGAGUGCGACAGACGGCGACAUGGCCGACAAGUCCGCGCCACUCCGUAUUCUGUGUCUCCACGGUUACCGGCAGAGUGCCGAAAUCUUCCGAGAGCGGACGGGCGCCCUGCGGAAGAUCCUUAAGAAACACGCGGAGCUCACGUAUAUCAGCGGCCCUCUGCGGAUCAGGCACCCCCCUCCUGGGCAAGCAGGGCAAUCAGAGGGGCUGGAGGAGGACUCCCGAGGCUGGUGGUUCUCCAAUGCCCAGGAGCAGAGCUUUCAUGCUGAAGAAGUGUGCCAGUCCGCCCAGGGCUUGGAGGAGAGUCUGGAAGUCGUCUCACGAGCCAUGCAGGAGCAGGGACCAUUCGACGGGAUCCUGGGCUUCAGUCAGGGGGCGGCCCUGGUGGCCAUGAUCGUCGGGCUUCAGGAGCAGAGCGCUGACCCCCGGUUCCAGCCUGGCUUCAGAUUCGCCAUUCUCAUCGCCGGCUUUGCCAGCUUGUGUGAACAGCAUGCCCGCUUCUAUGCUUCGCCCAUCUACCUGCCCACACUUCACGUGUUUGGGGAGACGGACAAAGUCAUCCCCGAGGCUAUGAGUCGAAAACUGCUGCCAGCCUUCCAGGGGGCUGUGGACCUCACCCACUCGGGGGGACACUAUGUGCCAGCCACUGGGACACAGAAGCAAAGGUACUGUCAGUUUCUGGAACGAUUCAUCCGAAAGUGAUAUUCCGAGAGUCCUUCGUGAGGUGGGGUGGGCCCCGAGACUGGCGGACCAACAAGAGAGGUGGCGAAGCAGGAAAUAUCUGGGUUUGAUGAAAAUUCAUUCUUGUAGAGCGUUUUAUGUUUUGAGGAGUGAAGGGUGCCCGCCAUCUUUACAGUUCAGUGUCACUGAAUGCUGUUUGGUAAAGUGGCCCAGUGUGUGCCCGUGUACCCUGCACUGGACUGGCAUCCCAUCCACAGUCCUCACCAGCACCCUGGGAACCUGAACUGGAGAAACGUAAGAAAAUGGAUGUGUAAAUAAAUAUGUGGAUGCUA